AUGAAGAAAAAAUAUAUUUAUAAAUAUGAUAUAAUUUUUAAACCUGACAAUCCUAAAAAUAAAUCUUAUUACUUGCGUAUUGAAUUUAUGCAAGAUAAGAGAAAACAUAUGAUUGAAAAGUAUCAUAGGAAAAAAGAAAAUCUUGAAAGAUUAUUAGAAAAGUACAAAUUGGAAUUUAAAGAAUAUAAUGAUAGAAUUGAUGAGAAUAAGAAAAAAAGAAAAGAGAUUGAAAAGAUAUUAUUUGAUGAGAACAAUAGUUUUAUAGUGGAUUACGAGUUGUUGAAAAAGUUAAGGAUAUGGAUGAAAGAAGGGAAAACUAAAAUAUAUUUAUUCUAG